CAGUCUGCGUCUCCACGCAUGUUGACAAUGUACUCCAUAUUAUAUUAAUGGGUUUAUCAGUUCUAUAGAGGUGGGCAGAGGGGGGCAUCCGAGUGUGCGGGGUAGAGCCUGUACAGUAAACAAUUCUGGUAAGCUUGCAAUGAUAUACACCAGCAUAUGCUAGUGCAGACGUCGCAUGCCGCAUGUGCACGCCUGUCAGUGGAACCUGGGUGCACACCACAUCCAUACAAGCUGGACCGGGAGGAAAACAAGAUACAUCGCCUAUUUUGGCUCUCUUCGAGGGAUUGUGAUUGCAUGAUGAGAGAAAGGGAAUUGCUGCUAUCAUGAACGAUUGUAAAACACGCCACUGAUUUUGGGUAGGUAGGCAUUGGUGGGAAUAAACAAGCAAAACCCGCAGCAAUGGAGAACCAGGCGGCGAUGGAGCAGCAGAGCUAUGAGGACGUUCGGAAGAGCGGUUAUCUCCGCAAGCAGAAAUCUAUGCACCGGCGCUUUUUCGUUCUCCGGGCUGCCUCGGAGCAGGGCCCGGCCAGACUCGAAUAUUAUGAAAACGAGAAGAAAUUCCGAAGCAAGUCACCGGUCCCAAAGAAAGCGGUGAACCUGGACUCUUGCUUCAACAUCAACAAACGGGCAGAUUCAAAGAACAAGUACAUGAUAGUGUUGUAUACCCGCGGGGAGAGCUUUGCCAUAGCCGCAGACACCGAGGACGUCCAAAAUGAAUGGUACCAGGCCAUGCUGGAUCUACAGUGUAAAUGUAAAACUCCUGAUGACUGUGGCAGUGGAGGAGACUGUGGACUGCCUUCCCCAGGCCCUGCUUUUAAGGAGGUCUGGCAGGUUAAAGUGUGGCCCAAAGGUUUGGGCCAAGCUAGAAAUCUAGUUGGUAUCUACCGACUUUGCUUGACAGACAAAACAGUAAACUUUGUCAAGCUGAACUCUGAUGUUGCAGCUGUGGUCCUCCAGCUAAUGAAUGUGCGACGCUGCGGCCACUCAGAGAACUUCUUUUUCAUUGAAGUGGGUCGUUCGGCAAUGACGGGGCCUGGAGAAUUCUGGAUGCAAGUUGAGGACUCAGUGGUAGCACAGAACAUGCAUGAGACCCUGCUUGAGGCCAUGAAGGCUCUGAGCGAAGAGUUCCGUCAAAGAAGCAAAUCCCAAACUGUUGGUGUUAGUUGUGGUGGAGGAACUGCCUCUAACCCUAUCAGUGUACCAUCUAGGCGGCACCAUCCAAAUCUGCCGCCCUCCCAGGUUGGUUUUUCCAGACGUGCUAGAACAGAAACCCCUGGCGUACCUCAUAGCACCAACACCUCUCCAACUCCACGGCAAGGAUUUUCCAGGUCACGGACAGCCAGUAUUGGGGCUCGAACAGAGGAUGGAGGGGGCAGAGCAACAGCACUCAGCACAAGCCCGAGUCUCAAUGGGUCAUCCUGCUCAACUACUCCAACCCUGCGACCUAAACCCACACGAGCACCCACUCCAGCCAAAAUAACCCUAAGCCUUGCACGGUACACGCCUAACCCUGCACCUUCUCCCGCCCCCAGCCUGUCUUCUAGCUCUGGCCAUGGAUCAGAAUGUGGGUUGAGUGGAGCUCCCUUUGGAACAGUGCCAAUCUGCACCUAUGCUAGAAUCCCUCAGAGAGUGUCCAUGUCAGGAUCACCCAGUGAUUAUGGUUCUUCUGAUGAAUAUGGCUCCAGUCCUGGAGAACACUCCUUACUGGCUGCUGGAAUUCCUGCUGCCCUUGUUGAAGGUGGCGCUAGUUAUAUCCUGAUGGGACAUCGAGAAGGUUCUCACAAACGUGCUCAUGGACGCAGAGUUUUUCGUCGAUCAUCUAAUCGUGAAUGUGAGGCUGAGCGCAGGCUGCUUAGCAAGCGUGCUUCCUUACCCCCUACUAUUGCCCAGGAGCACUUGGUCCCUCGCCGCCGAGAAGAGGAGGAUGAAGAAAACUAUGCAGUGAUGUCACACAGUGCAAGUAGAGAGUCUUUCACGUCACGCCGGGGCUCAGGGAGUUCAGCUACAACAUCUUUAGUGCAGGAAACUUCAGCAGAUAAAGGUGUUAGUACUAAAGGGGGUCCUGAGGACUCCUCAAUUGACAGUGGCUACAUGUCUAUGUUACCAGGUGUUACGGCUCCUGCUUCAUUGUCAUUUUCUGUCUCGGGUUCAGAUGCAGCAUCAAAGGGUGGAGAUGAAUACAUGGCCAUGACCCCCAACAACAGUGUUUCACCCCCUCAGCACAUCCGUCUACCCAUCAGUGAAGGAUAUAUGAUGAUGUCUCCUAACAGUAGUUGUUCACCUGAUUUACAUGGCAUGAGUGGGUGCAUUUGGGGUAGCAGGGGCAGCAUGGAGAGUCGGGCGGGCAGUGACUAUAUGAACAUGUCACCUAUAAGUGCCAGGUCAGCUUGCAGUACACCUCCAUCACACCCAGAGCAGCAACCACUGCAGCCAAAGAUGGUCUAUUCCUAUUUUUCUCUGCCACGUUCAUACAAACACACCGCCCUUUCGACCCGUUUUGAAGAAGAUUUGGACAAGGUUUGUAUUGGUAGAGGGGAAGCUAGACGAAAGACUGUACAUAGUGGUUACCCUUGUGGAGGAGACACGCCUGUGGGCUCAGGUGGUGGUGGCCAACUUUCUCUGUCCUCAUCUUCAUUUUCCUCUAGUUCAGCUAGCAGCGAAAGCCUUGAAGAUAGGUCUUUAUCUGUGUCUGUAGGUGGCAUAGGACAAGCAAGUAGGUUGGUCACAGGAUACAGGGUAGGAGGACCUCAUCCCAAGGUCCCAACCCAGCACCAUCACCAGCAGAGAUGUGGACCAGGUAUUCAGAAACAGGGUCACUUGCAAAAAAGAAAAGACAAGUCCUUUUUCGUGGAUAUGUCCAAAGCUAACACGCUGCCGAGAGUCAGGGAGACUUUGCUGCCAACUGCAACCCAGAGCCCUGGAGAGUAUGUGAGCAUUGUUUACCAGGGUGAGCGAGGAGGCCAUAACAAUGAAAGAAAUACAGCUGACCCAGGAAACUCCAUUGCACAAGGAAAUCAAGCUUAUCACCGAUCGCAGUCAUGUAAGGGUGCAACUGCCAACCUUCCUCGAAGCUUCUCAGCACUCCUCUCCACCUCCAUUUCUCUAUCCUCUGAAUAUGUGAACAUGGACUUAGGUAACUCCUAUUCUUCUCUCACUCCCCUCUCUUCAUUCAAACCAGCCCAAAAAGUCAGAGAGGAUCUCACAAGAGCUUCUAAAAUAGAACAAAAAGUAGAAAUAGGACUCAGGAAGAGCAAUGUAACCUCAUCUGAAGAUGUGGCUGCUGCUCCUUUCACAGACUAUACUGAGAUGAAAUUUGGAUUGGCUGCAGAUAACACAUCAAAGUCUCCAAAACACGGCCAAACGCCUCAGCCCUCCUCCAUGGAACAGGAACGUAACAUGAAUUUCUCCUCACCCAAGGCGUUUUCAAAUGUGGAUCAGGGAGCUCGAGUUGUCAGGGCAGAAUCAUCAGCAAGAAGAAGGCACCGCUCAGAGACAUUUAUGGCCCCUUCAACUCUUCCCCUCUCGCCCUCUACUUCCCCUUCUUUUCCUGAAACACCACAUGGUGCUCCCCCUCGACAACAGGGACUAGAGAGUAAUCUUCGAGCCAGUGGUCGGCCAACCUCUCCACAGUGUCCCAGCCCUGGAGCAGCAGCUCUACCUGGUACCCAGAGUUCGCCCUUAUCCCUGGAGCAAGGCCUAAACUACAUUGAUUUAGACUUGGUCAGUAGGGAGAACUCUCAAACCAGUGGAGAUGGACCCUCUGGCCUUCACUCAUUUUUCUCUCCCGUGGUAGGAGGAGGGUUGUCCGGGGGAUUGGGUGGAGCAGGAGGAAACACCACCUCCAGCAUUAACACGUAUGCCAGCAUUGAUUUUAUCAAGUCAGAAGAAAUGAGAGUCCACCAAAACAGCAGGAAGGAUAGUAAAGAUUGUUAAUGUGUUCCUGCAAUCAGAAAUAAGAUGGAGGACCAGUCAGCGCCUGUCCUUCCUGCGUGAGUGUUGGUCUGUGUGUGCACCUGAUGUGUUUUGAAAAAUGAUGCGAUUGCCCAAAUCCCUCAGCAGUGGAGACUUACAGUAAAUGCCCUUGCCUCAUAACAACAUUUAGAGUACUCUCAUUUGUUUUCAUUGGUUCAAUAAAAAAAAAAAACAUAAACAUGUAACGUGUGCCAAAAGACAAUUCAACAU